AUGCCCAACAAGUCUUUUGUUCCUUCUGUUGGUCGUGCAGGGGGUUUACUCUUGUUAUGGAAAGAUGGCUUUUCUUUUAGCAUAGUUCAUCAAGAUGAUAAGAUUUUCCAUACUCGAAUCAUUAAUAACCCCAACAGAGGAGAAUGGUGCUUAACUUGUGUUUAUGGAACUCCCUAUAAUCACGAAAAAGAAGCUCAAUGGUCUCUUAUCCAGAAUCUUGGUAGGUCUAUUAAUAAGCCUUGGGUUGUCAUUGGUGAUUUAAACAUCACUUUUACACCCAGCGACAGAAAUACAGACUGUAAUAAUAUCACUUCUAAUGAUUUCGUAGAUAUUAUUAAAGAUUCUGAUCUCACUGACUUAGGUUUCUGUGGUAAACCCUAUACCUGGCCUAGCAACAAACAUGGCACAUGCCGGUUUAAGUCCAGAUUAGAUAGAGCCUUAGGAAAUAGUGAAUGGUUCCUUGUUUAUCCUGAUUCUGUUCUUAAGCAUCUUCACCACUAUGGUUCUGACCACACCCCCAUUUUGUUGGAACUCUCUAAUAAAAAUAGGCUAUCAAAUACUAGACAUGUGUUUUCACUCUGGAUUAAAAUCACAUUUGGAGAUUUCAACAAACGUAUUACUGAUCUACAGUCAGAUUUAAGUUCACUUCAAUCUGCUGAUGUUAAUGGUUCUAACACGGAAGAAGUCAUCAAACUGGAAAGUGAGAUCAGACAGCUCAAUGAAAUUGAAGCGAGUUCAAAUAGGAAAAAGUCUCGUGACCAUUUUUACAAUGAUAUGGAUAUGAACUCAAGAUGGGCGCCUGGUUUCUACCAGACUCAAUGUCUAGUGGUGAAAGAAGAUGUCUGCAAGACAAUUCAAUCAUUCUUCCACUCGGGUUUUCUUCUUCAGCAACUUAAUAACACGAGAGUAUCAUUGAUUCCCAAAGUGCAGGUAGUCAACAAACCGGAGGAUUUUCGUCCCAUUGCUUUGUGCAAUACAGUAUACAAGAUUAUCUCAAAGAUAAUUGCCUUGAGGUUGAAGAAACACAUUGCAAAAAUCAUCUCGCCAAUGCAGUCGGCUUAUGUUCCAGGCAGACUAAUAUCGGAAAAUAUUUGCUUAGUGCAGGAAAUUGUGCAAGCUAUGAAGAAAAAAGAAGGUUUAAGUGGUCAUAUUGCGCUUAAGAUGGACAUGUCCAAGGCGUUUGAUAGACUCGAAUGGAGCUUCCUUCUAGACAUUCUCAAGCAAUUUGGUUUUUCAGAUAAAUUUCGGCAACUUAUCUCUCAGUGUAUCUCUACAACAUAG